AUGGGUCUCCGGAUUCACUUUGUUGUUGACCCGCAUGGUUGGUGCUGCAUGGGUUUGAUUGUCUUUGUCUGGUUAUACAACUUUUUUUUAAUUCCCAAAAUUGUCCUCUUUCCUCACUAUGAAGAAGGACAUAUUCCAGGCAUAUUAAUAAUAAUAUUCUAUGGCAUUGCCAUGUUCUGUCUGGUUGCUUUAGUGAGGGCCUCAAUAACUGAUCCAGGAAGACUCCCUGAGAACCCAAAGAUCCCACAUGGAGAAAGGGAGUUCUGGGAAUUGUGUAACAAGUGUAAUUUGAUGAGACCGAAGCGUUCCCAUCACUGCAGCCGCUGCGGCCACUGUGUUAGGAGAAUGGAUCAUCACUGUCCAUGGAUUAACAAUUGUGUUGGUGAAGAUAACCAUUGGCUUUUUCUGCAGUUGUGUUUCUACACUGAACUUCUUACUUGCUACGCACUGAUGUUUUCUUUCUGCCACUAUUAUUACUUUCUUCCGCUAAAAAAGCGUAAUUUGGACCUCUUUGUUGUUAGACAUGAAUUGGCCAUAAUGAGACUAGCUGCCUUUAUGGGCAUUACAAUGUUAGUUGGAAUAACUGGACUGUUUUAUACUCAACUAAUUGGCAUCAUCACAGAUACAACAUCUAUUGAAAAGAUGUCAAACUGUUGUGAAGAAAUAUCGAGGCCCCGAAAGCCAUGGCAGCAGACCUUCUCAGAAGUUUUUGGCACUCGUUGGAAGAUCCUGUGGUUUAUUCCUUUCAGGCGGAGGCAACCACUGCGAGUUCCCUACCACUUUGCCAAUCAUGUCUAAACAGAUGGAUGGUGGGCACAGAUGGGUCCUCCAUGCUGGAAAUGCGUUACAGGUUUUCUGAUAAUAGAACUAUGACAGUCUUCAAGUCAAUUAAAAUCCACCCACCAAUCUUA